AUGCCUAUCUCAGAGAAUAAGGCUAGAUCACUUAGAGGAGAGCUCUAUCAUGCUUUUACCCCCGAGCUAGUCGCUGAGCGUCGCCGAUGUGCACGCGCUUGCACUGCAUACAACAAAGCCGAGGGAAUCACUAGAAGGCAACAGGUUGAAUUGUGGAAAGAUAUCGUGGGCGAUACCACCCCGCUUCCUCCUCGCAAGGAAGACAGCACAGAAGACGCAGAUGAAGAACUCCUAGCAUCCUACGCCUGGGUUGAAGCUCCCUUCCACGCAGACUACGGCACCAAUGUCCGUCUAGGCGAAGGUGUUUUCAUAAACUUCAACUGCACCAUCAUCGACACCUGUCUUGUUUCCAUCGGUGCAAGAAGCCUGCUAGCUCCAAACGUGAGCUUGUAUUCUGGCACUCACCCAUUGGAUCCUGAUUUGAGAGAUGGAACAAAUGGUCCAGAGUCUGGGAAACCUAUCACCAUUGAGGAGGAUGUUUGGAUUGGUGGAAAUGUUGUUGUUUGUCCGGGUGUGACGAUUGGACGUGGUAGCACAGUGGGUGCGGGUAGUGUCGUGACAAAGGUGAGUUGCGAUGUUUGUUUCCAGUGUGGUCAAGUAUGCUGA